AUGAUCAGUCAGGACGACGACGUGUCUAAUGCAAGCACCUCAGGGAUGCCGCCAACCAUGUUUCCUCCAGAGCCGCUCAGCGCGCAGUCCCAGUCCUUUGCGACUGGCGGUACCUUUCUUGUCAGUGUUGGGUUUGAGGCCAUUUUGCCUUCCGUAUUGAACGACCCGUGCAUGCCGCCAAGGCCCUCGGAUGUCCUCUUGUCGACGACAGACAAUGACUUUCAGACCCUACUUGCGCCCGAAAUGGCACAUCCCUAUUCUGCUCCGGACGAUUCGAGAAACAUGCACGCGCCCGACACGUCCCAAGAAACACCACACAACGAUCGACCCGGUGGGCUAUCGAUGAUCUCGAGGACCAGCGCUAAGCCGCAAGGUGAUGACCAUCUGUUCCGCUCGGACCGCUUUCUCAGAGCGGUCGGGACAGAGGCGCAGGUAGAGGCCUCCCUCCGCCGGCGCCGCCCCGGGCGCGGUCCUGACCCAGCUCAUAGGCGCUGCGUCCGGUGCGGCCGGUCCUUCACGCGUAACAAGAACUUCAGAGGCGAGUCGCAGCCCGCGGGAUUAUCGUUUGCUCAAAUUGCCAUAGAUCUCCUUCUUCGCCACGAGAAUCGGCGGGAGUACGCGUGCACGACGCAUGGCUGUCUCAAGCGCUUCAACACAGAGAGCGAUAGGGAUAGCCACAUUCAGAAUAUACACAUGAAGACUCAGCAGGGUGAGCGGAAGCGUCUCUUAUAG